AGCCGGGCAGCGGAGCCGGGCAGCGGAGCCGGGCAGCGGAGCCGGGCAGCGGAGCCGGGCAGCGGAGCCGGGCAGCGGAGCCGGGAGCGCCGGGCAUGAGCGCGGCCGUGCGGAGGGUGCGGGCUGCGGGCGGGGGCCGCCUGGUCUGCGUGCAGUGGGAGGACGGCAGCGAGAGCAGCUACCCCUGCGUGUGGCUGCGGGACAGCUGCCAGUGCCCCCUCUGCUUCCUGCCCUCGGCCGGGGCGCGCAGGCUGCUCCUCGAGCACCUGGAUGUGGACAUCGUGGUGAAGGAGGUUGCUCUGGCAGGCGGCGAAAAGAUCUCUAUUACAUGGCCUGAUGAGCACACAAGUGAAUAUGAAGCUGAGUGGUUGAAGAAACGAUGCUUCUCUGAAGAAGCCAGAGCUGUAAUGCGAGCAGAUUUAUUUUUACCAGAACGUCAGUACUGGGGCUCAGACCUUCAGCUUCCCAAAAUACCUUUUGAAGAAGUCAUGAGCAAUGAUGAAAGUGCAUACAAGUGGUUGUGCACUCUAAAGAAAGUAGGAAUUGUUCUGCUGACGGGAGCUGCUACAAGGCAGGGAGAACUGAUUAGACUGGGCAACAGGAUUGGGUUCCUGCGUCUCACAUUUUAUGGACCAACUUGGCAAGUACAAGACAAAGCAGAUGCUAACAAUGUAGCUUAUACAACUGAGAGACUCUGUUUUCACACUGAUUACCCUGUUCUGCAGCACCCACCUGGGGUUCAGUUCCUUCAUUGUAUAAAGCAAACAGCUGCAGGAGGGGAAAGUGAAGUUGUAGAUGGAUUUCAUGUGUCCAACAAGCUGAAGAAACAAAAUCCUGAGGCAUAUCAGAUCCUGUCCUCUACUGCUGUAGACUACACUGAUGUUGGGGUGGAUUACUGUGAUUUUGCUAUGCACUGUAAACAAAGGAUUAUAGACACGGAUUCCAGAGGCCAAGCAAUUCGCAUCAAUUUUAAUAAUGCAACAAGAGACACAGUGUUUGAUAUACCAACUGAAAAAGUGAGGCCAUUUUAUGCAGCUCUAAAGGAAUUUAAUGAUUUAUUGAACAGCACAGAACACAAGUUUACUUUCAAGAUGAAACCAGGAGACAUACUGACGUUUGAUAACUGGCGUGUGCUUCAUGGUCGCCAAAGCUACCCAUCCUGUUCAGAAGUGACACGUCACCUGGAAGGUGCCUACGCAGACUGGGAUGUAGUCAUGUCAAGGCUCCAGCUCCUUAGGAAAAGAGUCCUGAAUAGGGAUUGAGCUUUCUUCUAACUAGAAUGAGCAAAACGUUGAUUAUCUAACCUCAAUCACAAAAGCAAUAUUAAAAAAAUGAGUCUUCUUUCCAGAAACUGACAUCACUUUUGACAAGGGCUUGUCUUGGGACCAGGGUGAAGGUUUUGAGCUGACAGAGGGUAGGUUUUGGUGAGAUAUUAGGAGGACAUUCUUUAUUGUGAGGGUGCUGAGGUACUGCAGCACGUUGCUUGGAGAAACUGUGGCUGCCCAGUCCCUGGAAGGGUUCAAGGCCAGGCUGGGGGGGUUGCAGCAGCCUGGGAAUAGUGAAAGGUAUCCUUAUUGCAGAGGGGGUGGAAUGAGAUGGUCUUUAAAGUCCCUUUCAACCCAAACCAUUCUAUGAGUCUGUCAUAAAUAUAUUUUUGAUUUCUAUAAGCUAAGAAACAUUUUGUUCAUAACAAUUUAAGGUUUAUCUGUGCCUUGGUCUUUGAAUCUAGGAAAUAUAUUGCUAUGUCUGUAAGUUUAUGUGCUUUUAUAAAAGCAGUGUGCAAAGUGGCUUGAAAGAUGAUCACUUCGCUGGCCUGACUGCUGAUCACAGUGCCUUCCUUCGCCUCUACAUAUCUACCUGCCAUCUUAUAGCAGCAAGAAAAGAAUGCGCUGGCAAUAAGUGUUUGCAAGACAACACUGAAGAAGCUUUUGGGCUGUAAAGGACAUGAUUUCACUCAGCUGUUGAAAUCCAGAAGUUCUAAUGCUGUGUUAGCUUUGUGCUGUUAAUGAUACAUCAGCUAACUGGGCUGUGGUCGACAGGUGAAGAAGCAGAAAAAAAAUACAUACCCAUUUUACUGUUUGAAAA